UUACAGCUAUGAAGGCCCUAGUAUUGUGUAUUUUCUUGGCUUCAUGCUUGGCGGCAGAGAUGCCCCCAGGCACCGAGGACCUCACUCGGGUCGCCAUGGACGUUGCCGCACAGGUUGAGGGCGAGGUGCCUCCGCCGGGCCCAGAACCGCGCGAGGAGCUCCCACAGGAAGAGGAGGCUGAGCCCGAAAAACUUCGCAUAUACAUCGUUCCGCACACCCAGAGGCCUCGCGUUCCUCAGCGUCCAGUGGUUCCCUUCCCUCUAGCAAGGUUCAACACGCCCUUCUACGGCACGCCGUACCCGCGCCCCUUGGCCCAGCCCUUGGUGGUUCCGGCAGACCAGAACCUCUUCCGCACCCACCUUCCGCAGGUGACCGGCGAGGCCAAGGGCGAAGGCGAGCUGGUCAUGGAGCACCCGCUGGCCCGCGUCGUCUACCUGAACACGCCCACUUACAGCCCCCACUAUGUCUUUGACCCUCUGCAGGGUCAGGUCACGCAGUCGCAGUACUUCAUUGACAAGAAGAGCUGCCUCAACACCCCCGUGGCGGCCUUCUGUCUCACCAAGCCCGUGCUGAACAUCUAAAGGCCGUUUUUCUGUUCCGACUUUGAAUAUCAUCGUCUGCAAAGUGAAACAUUACCUCAAUAGAGUUUUCACUAUUGCGUGUACAUGUUACUGUUUUUGUUUGUAUUCAUCAUCACCUAUGUUCAAGAUGCAUGAAUUUCGGUUUUGAUCAUCUGCCACCCUUAUCCAUUCUUUAUCUCCAAAUUACUAAACGCUUUCACCUCUUACUCUAAUAAUUGCAUGUCAGACCCAGUCAGGGGUUUAAGUUAUAUAACAUAAACAUGACAGAGUAAAUAAAGAAAUAAAUGUUCAUACGGACCACAUCCUCGGGUUUGGCAAGCAUCUGACAUUAGUGUGAGCGAGCGGUCGAGUGUGUCACCGCGCCCGGUCGAGACAAGGCCCGCGUUCUGGGAUACUCAAGAACCCCGGGAAAUGCACACGCGAAAUAUACUGUGGUACAAAUCCUAAUAUUAGUGUCGACAAGGACAAUAAAAAUAUAAGUAAUU